AUGGGCGUUAAAGACCUGUGGACAGUUUUAACGCCACAUGCCGUUCGCAAACCCAUUUCAGAGCUGCGCGGCAAAAAAGUGGCCAUCGACUUGGCGGGCUGGGUGUGUGAAAGCUUAAAUGUUGUAGACUAUUUUGUUCAUCCGCGGCACCAUUUAAAAAAUUUGUUCUUUCGCACCUGCUAUCUGAUAUGGGAGCAGGUUAUUCCUGUCUUCGUGCUAGAGGGCGUAGCGCCCAAGCUGAAGAGCCAAGUUAUAGCCAAACGAAAUGAGAUGCAAUUCCGAGGCGUGCGUCCAAAGGAAAAGGAUGCGUCUGCUCCAUCAUCAUCACAAGCUACCGGAAAAGCAGAUAAAGGCCGCACUCGUUUCAAUCAUGUGCUCAAACAGUGCGAAACCCUGUUGCUAGCCAUGGGAAUACAAUGCGUUAAAGGACCCGGCGAGGCAGAGGCCUACUGCGCCUUUCUGAAUAAGCACGGCCUAGUUGAUGGCGUCAUUAGUCAGGACUCUGACUGCUUUGCCUAUGGAGCUGUGCGUGUAUAUCGGAACUUUUCAGUUUCAACCCAAGGCGCUCAGGCUGCCUCUGGUGGUGCGGUGGAUAUCUACGAUAUGCGGGAAAUUUGCACCACAAUGGACUUUGGCCAACACAAGGUUAUUGUAAUGGGAUUGCUAUGUGGCUGCGACUAUUGUCCGGAUGGCAUCGGUGGCGUUGGCAAGGACGGCGUUUUGAAACUGUUCAACAAAUACAAAGAGACGGAAAUCUUGGCCCACAUUCGCACUUGGCGUCAACAAAUUGAAAAAUACAAUGCACUAGAGGUGCGUGUGGACGACAAAUCCAUUUGCAGCAACUGUGGUCACAUGGGACGCACCCAAAGUCACACCAAGAGUGGCUGCGGGGUCUGCCGCACACAUCGCGGAUGUGAUGAAAGCUUGUGGAAGGAGCAACGUUUGUCCAUUAAAGCGGAACUCGCGCUACGCAAAAAGGCACUAACGGUAGAGGACUUUCCAAACGAGGAAAUCAUUGCUGAAUUUUUGACUGAUCCUCCAGUCGUACCAAACUUGAAUCUCAAUUGGAGCAAACCGAACAUUGUGAAGUUUAUUAAGCAGAUCGGCCAUUUGCUGCAAUGGCCCGAAAUAUACUGCUUUCAAAAGUUCUUCCCCAUUUUAACACGUUGGCAGGUGCAGCAGCGAGAUAAAGGCGAAAGCUUGGUAGAACCACUGGAGAUUAUAAAAAAACGUACUGUCAAGGGAGUUGCCAGUUUGGAGCUGCGUUGGCAUGAUGUCAGUGGCUGCUUUACUGGCCUAAUUCCGGAUGAACAAAUCGCGGAAUUUGAAUUGGAGCAUCCAAAGGGUGUGGAAGAGCUAUACUACACAAUCGAACCAUUAAGCAUGCUCGAAGUGGCAUAUCCGGACUUGGUUUCCGCAUUCUUAAAGUCAAAGGAGAAACCACCAAAGAAGUCAGCGACCAGAAAGAAAAAAAACAAAACAGAUGUGCCACUCAGUGCGCUUGAGAAUCUUGAGGACCUGGUAAAGGCAAGUGACGCUAUUUGCGAGGUUGCAACCAAACCUAGACGUGGCAGGAAAAAGGCAGAAGUUGGACAAUCGAGAGAAGGCAUACAAAAAAUAAAUAAAUUUUUAAAGCAUAAAGAAAAUACGCCGUUGAAGAUACAGCCACGCAACACCCUUCGUCAACAAUGUUCCACACCCAUAACCAAAUGCCUGCCCUCUGAUCUAGACAGUGAUUGCGACGCAGAUUUCAAUAUGUCCGAUAUUGUGAAUGGCAUUAUAUCCAAUCCAAAUGCAUUGCCAGUUGUGACCAAACAUGGUGAUCAUAAUUUGCACUACGAGCCCCUGGAUGAGGAUCUUAGCAUGCGCCUGGCCCAGCUUAGUUUGCUGGAUAAAAACGAAUCAAUUAGAUCGCAGCAUUUUCAGAUGCAGAUGCCACUUGUGGAUGACUCGGACUUAAUGCUGCAAAAGCGUCGGAAUCAGUCAAUACAGGAAACGCAGCCACAGACAAAGCGUCUCUCCCUCGACGAUAGUUUUGAUUUGCUAGUCAAGGGGGACCUAAAACGGGUGCCACAUUUGCUGCAGCAACGCACACCAAUCAAAACACCAGUGGAACGCUUCAAACGCCAACAUCGUCUGUCGACAUCAUACAAAAAUACGCCAAAGCAAAGCCCAAAAAAUGUCAGCUACUUUUUCGAUAAUAUCGAUAAUGAAGGAGUUGAUGCAUUUGAGCAGCUAAUGGACGUAAGCAUGGGUCACAAUGAACUGGUAGUCAUUAGUGACAGUGAUUAGCGUAAAGCUUGGAAUUUUAACUUUUCUAAGGAUGUUUUUAAAUUGCUUCUGGAGAUUUUGUCUUCUGAAGCGACUAAGAACAUUAUUUUCGGAAGAACUGUUUAAUUUGUUCAUUCAUUCUUAGUAUUCAUUAACUUAAUGGACAUCACACCCAUCAUUAGAAUACAUUCGGACACUUACAAUCAGAGAUAACAUCAUAUAUUAAUAAAUGGAAUAUUCUUUUGUUACUACAACAGGUUGGGAUGGCUGUAUCGCUAUGCAAUUUAUUGUCGUCUGCAAGACAAGCACACUUUUCCAAUACAAAGUAAAAUUUUAAAAUAAAAAAACCUAA